AUUAAUACUGCAGUCAACCAGCUACACUCGAUACUCCCAUUCUUUCGCCCAGCGACUGAGUCGACAUAAUAAAAGAAUCGAAAAAGAAACAAAAAUAGGGGACUCUAUCAUCUACGCAAAGUCAAACUAUUCAGCAUUAGUAUUUCUUCUGCGUGACUGCCAUGGGCUUCAUAUCCCGCAUCAUCACAGUCUUCGGACUCGUCCUUCUCGCUCAUGCCACCUAUUCCGCCCACGAACACACGACCCUGUACAGCAACGUCCGCCUGGCCUCAACCACAUCCACAAACUCAUCUUCAGCCCUUCCCCUUGAUAUUGUCGUUGAAGCGCUCGUCUCCCUACUCGUCGUCUCGGUCGGACUCGUUCUCGGGGCCGAAAAACUGAAGCCGGUCAGCUGGAGCGUGUGGGCUGGGGAGAUCGAAAAGGAGGGCGGUGCGAGGAAUCCGUAUCUCUAUCUGGAGGAGCGGUAUGGAUUUUGGGAUAUUAGGGCUAAACGAAAGGAAUUUGCGGACUGGAUUCGUGGACAGGAGGUCGUGGAGACGAAGUGAGUGGUCGACUUGGUUGGAAAUAAUAAUAAUAUAUAUAUAAAAUGAAGGGCUGCGGCUGGAGUGAUGAUAUUAUGGAACUGUGUUGAUACUGCAUUAAUACGGUCUUUAAUUAAUAGUCAACUUUGAAGCCGUCUUCAUUUCAUCAGAUCUUGCUUUGAUGUGAACUUGAGUCUCGACUGUCCUUGUGUGGUUUUUUUUUUUUUUUUUUUUUUU